GGCGCGGCAUGUUUGAUCGAGGAGGCGUCCAGAAACGACACAUGUGCCAGUGGCUCCGCAGUAGUUAUAUCGAGAUAAUUAUGUGGAGGCCAGGCUCUCGGCGAGGUGGCAAAACAACCAUGCUGCAGCCAUUCCACCAGCAGCAUGUCGAGAAAUGGAUGAAACACGCUAAAGAGCAGCAAGUUGUAGGUUUGUUGAUGGAUGUUUGGGGUGGAAAAACGGCACAUGCUCAGUUUUCUUGUCUGAAGAAGUUGGUGGUCAGUGUAAGUCAGUUGGCAGGAUCUGGCUCCCUCAGCGGACCCUUCCUGCUAGUCCUGGUCGAGAUGCAUGCCGUCUGUCUCUCAAGACACCCACUCCAACGAGCUAUUGCAAGUUUACUACAGGGUCUACCAGAUCCCUACGGAGGGACAGUAGUGGAUCAUAUUCACUCUACUAUUGAUGCAGCACUGGCUGGAGGCUGGCUGGCCAGCGACACCCACUGCCUGCAGUACCUUGAGGCCCUGGGGGAGAACUUUCCCCUCGGAGAAUUAGCCCUCUGGAAGCAGUUGCCUCUGGUUGUGAAGUAUUGUGUGUCUGUAAUAGAGGUUUGCUACAGUCACAACGGGCUCACAGACCCACUGUUUACUACUGCGCUGAAAACAAUCAUGACCAUCCUACACAAGACUCAGUCCCUGGUGUGUGGUCUUCUCUCUGGAGAGUUCUCCUUCCAGUUCCCUUCUAGUACCACCGAGGCUGUGGUGUCUUGGGCACCGGAGCAAAGAUCUUGGAGUGCGGAGUUGAGGGUGCAGUGGUUUGGUGGAUUAUUGGCAAGAACAAGUAACUUGUGUGAAGCUCUUCUCAAGACUGGAGUCGGAGUACCACAUGACCUUUGUCUAACAGCAGCUAUGGUGUUGGUGGUGAUCAUCCUUAGAACAAGAACUAGCUCUGAAGAUCGUAGUGCAGUUGUCACUGACAUCACAUCUGAUUGGCUUAGAACUACAGGGUCUCCCCUGAAGGACUUCUCACAGCUGGCUGUGUGCCAUGCACUACUAGCCAAACUGCCACUCUCUGCUCUGUUUGGUGAUGCAGGGGGAAAACCAUGCCUUUUAAAACUCUUUCCCAAAAUCUGCCACUUGUUUGAUGGCUUCACAGAAACCAGCGAUCGAUAUAUUGCUGCCCGUACUUUGGCCCUGUGGACUACAAUGGCUAAGCAGUGUGCUAGUGACAUUUGUGAGGGGAAUAAUAUCUACGAGGCCCUCCUGCCAUCAGGUCCGUCAAUUAAUCUGGUACUGAAAAAAGUGUGGACGUUGUGGGAGGACCCCGUAGAUGGAAUUCGUCACCAGUGCAAACUCAUGUUUGAGAAUGUCAUAGGAAUAUGUCAGCGACUUCAAAAGACAGAGUCCUUGUCUCCUUCACCUUUCCUGCUAUCUCUGGUGGACUCUCUGCUCGCCCUGAGCUCCCCGACCCGGGGAAAGUACCAACUCCUAUCCACCCUCUCACACACACAUCCCUGUCACCACUCUCCUCCUCACUGCCCCAACCCUCCCUACUGAGCUGCUCGGGGUCAUGGGACACCAGGCUCUUGCUUGCCAUGCUGGAGAACUGUGGUCGCGUCUGGUAAAGUUACACUGGAGUGAAGAACAGAAACAGACAGCUUCCUGGAGCAAGACAUGGGUGGAUACCAUGGUGGAGUUUA